AUGGCGAAGCACAAGGCGUCGACGAGCCGCCUCAACAAGAUCGAGACGCGCAAAAAGGCGAAGCGAGAGAAGCGCAACCUCCGCGACCGCCGCCGCCGCGCGAUCUCCUUCGCAGUUGCCGCCGCGAAUCUCGGCGCAGAGACGCAAGAUCUUCUCGUGCCGUCGACGCAGCUGCAGCGAGCGGCGCCCGCGAAAGCCGGCCGGGAAGCUUCGAAAAAGCGGCGGAAGGCGAAGCCGGCGGGGCUGCAGAUCUACUGGCAUUUGGCCUCCGUGAAACGCGGGCCGCGAGAAACGGCGACGGUGGCGCUGGUUUCCGAGUUAACGGCGGCGCAAAAGGCGUACCUGCGCGCGCAAGGCGGGGGGAAGAAGGGUGCGGGGAAGAAGGACAAGGGGAAUGCGAAAAACGCUAGCGGAAAUGGGACGACGAAGGGUUCAGGGCUUAAGAAGGGUUCAGAGGAUGAGAGUUCGGAAGAGGAGGAAAAUGAGAGUGAAGAGGAAGAGGAGGCGAGUGAGGAGGAGACAGAGGACGAAGAGGAGAGUGGGGAAGAGGAGGAAGAGGAGGAGGAGGAAGAGGAGGAGGAAGAGGAGGAGGAGGGCGAAGAGACGAAGAGUAUUUUGAAGCUGGAGGGGUGUUGCGACGAGAUUAACUACGCCGUUAAGCGGCUGAUUAGAGGCCUUGAAUCGUCCCGCGGGGGCGCAAGGCAGGGCUACUCGGUGGCGCUAGCUGCCUGUCUCCGCGCGCUGCUCUCUCUUCACCCGCACCUGCCCGCCAUUGCUGCUGCUAUUCCGUUGCUCAUCCCUCUUCCCAAUAACGCCCGGGGAAAGGACGCCUCUGAGGCCCUUUUUGGUCGUAUGUUUGCUCUCGGUUCCCUCAUUCGGAGCGGCUUGCUCGCCUCCCCUUCCUCCCUUUCCUCCGCAACUGAAAAUCCAGCAGCGGCAGCAGGAGGAGGAGGGGGGGAGGCAGGGUGGGUGGUGGGGAGGGGGGGGUGGUUACCAGGGGAGGUGGUAUCUCAGCUGCUGCGGAUCGGCGAGCAACGGUCUUUCCUUGCUGAGCCUGCAACGGUGCUGCUGGUGGCACUGAUUUCGCAGCUUCCCCCCUCCACCCUCCCGCGCAUCCUCGCCCUCCCGCCCAUUUCAGCCUUCCUCUCGCGACACCCCUCCGAAUCUUCCCCCGAGGCCCUGCACCUGGCGCUCAAGCUGUGGCAGCUGGGGGAGGCAGGGGAGGGGGGAGGAGAAAAAGGAGAGGAGGGAGGAGAGAAAGGAGAAACGGGGGCAGGGAAAAAAUCGGGGAAAAAGGGGGCGAAAGGGCGGGAAUGUGCUGCUGGAGCAGGGGCGGAAACGGGCAGCGGGAAAACAUUUUUGGGCGCUCUGCUGGCCCUUUGUCCGCUGCUGCCGCAGUCCGGCCGGGCAGAAGAUUUUUUCAGCGCUGCCCAUCUGGAGAAGCUGCUGCUUGUGCUGCAAAAUAGUUCCUCCUCCCACCCACGCCUGCAUGCAGUUUGGGCCUUGCUUCUAGACCGUCUCUUCUCACUCCCUCUCCCCUCCUCCUCCUCUUCCCCACUCUCGUCCCUCCCAUUUCUCUCCCCCGCUUUCUCCAAAUCCUCCUCUUCCUCCUCCUCUUCCUCUCCCCUCCCCUCCUCCGCCCUUUCGACUUUCUGGUCUAUAAUAGUAGACAGGGGAUUAAUCCCUUCCUCCCAUGAAAGGAGGUAUUUGGUUCUUAAUCUCCUCCUCCUCCUAAUUCCGCGCCUCCCUCCCACCGCCACGGCCCACGUGAUCCUCUCUCGGCCAAUCACGCGCUGCCUAAUGGACGCGCUGGGGGCGGGGAGCAGGGCGCACCUGUUCCCGCUGAGUCAGCGCUGCGUCGCGCUGAUUCAGCGAUGGCCGACGCUGGGGGAAGCGGGGGAAAAGGAGGGAGGGGAAGGUCAGGAAGGGGAAGCGGAGGAGGAGGGGGAAGGGGGGGCAGGGGGUAAGGGGAAGGAGGCAGCAAGGGGGGAAAUGAAGAAAGCGAAACCAGCAGCAUCACCUGCAGCACCAGCAGAGGCAACAGCAGCAGCAGAAAUGGAAUCAGCAGCAGCAAGGCUCGCUAUUCUCACCACCCUGCAGAAUCACUCCAAGGGGCAAUUCGAUACAGUCACACGCAGCAACGCUGUCCGCUUGCUUGCAUCGGGGAUUGCAGGGGCUGAAGGGGAGAAGGCGUAUUAUGGGCUUCUGCAGGGUGUGUUCGCUCGGCCAGGGGAGUUUGUGGGUUUAGGGGGAGAGGAGAGGGAGAAGGGGAGAGGUGCGGACGGGAGGGGAGGGAGACGAGGGAAGGAGGGGAAGAAGGGGAAGGAAGGUAAGGGGGGGAGUGUGGUUGGGGAGGAGAGAGAAGGAGGAGGGGAGAAGGAGUGGGAGAGAGAGGCAGAGGUGGAGAAAUGGAGGUUUUGGGCUUUGGAUCAGAUGUGUAGGCUGGUGGCUAAACCAGUUCCCAAACCGGCGCUUAGCUUAAGAAAAACGCUUAAGCAGGUGAAGAAGAAGAGUGUUUCGAAUGCUGAUGCUGCUAAAAUGGCGGAUGGUGCAGGAGACGGGGAGGGGAAGGAAGGGGAGGGAGCGGAGGUGAGAGAAGAGGAGGAGAGGAGGAAGAGGGAAGCAGAGGAGGCAGUUAAGGGAGUGUGGGAGCAUGUGACUCUAAGGAAGGUGAUUCUAGGGUUCAUUAUGAGAGUCGCUCUAACGGGGGGUGAAAUUCAGGGUGGAAAGGGUGGGGGGUUGGCAGCAGCAGGAGGAGGAGGGGAGGAGGAAGAGGAGGCGAUUUCUAAGAAGGGAAAGAAAGGGAAGAAGGGGAGCAAGGAAGGAAAGAAGGACGAGCAGAAGGGGCAAGGUUCAGAGUCACGGGCGCUCUCUUUCUCCCCUGUUGUCUCUGGUGGUGUGCUGGCUGCUUGCAGGUCCCGGUUCUUAUCCUCGCUAGAAGCUCUUUUCAAGCAGCUGGACUACUUCGUUAAGAGCCCUGAGGGGAGGGAGGUGGAGAGGGCGUUGGGGGCGGGUAGAGAGGGGAGGAAAGGGGAGGGAGGGAAGGAAGGGAAGGAGGGGAAGGGCACUGAAGGCGUGAGUGUGAGUGUGAAGGGUGUGAGUUCAAAGGGAGCGGGUUUGUGGGAGGGAAGGAAGGGCAAGGAGGGGAAGGGCACUGAGGGUGUGAGCAUAAAGGGAGCGGGUUUGUGGGUUGUCGAACAGCUAGUAUGGGAGGCUGAGGGGUGGAUAGAAGAGAGGAGGAGAGUGGGUGCUGAGAAUGGAAAGAUGGAGGUUGAUGGGAAAGGGGAGGAGGAGGAAGGGAGUGAGGAGGAGAGUGAGAAAGAGGAGGAAGAAGGGGAGGAUGUGGAGGCAGUUGCACGAGGGUUGAAAGAAACACUCAAGCUCGUUGCUCAAGCGGCCCUGCCAGUCCCUUUUGCUCAAGCGACAGAGGAGGGAGCUUUAAGUGUCACUCAAGCGGCCCUGCCAGUCCCUGCUUUUGCUUCUCCUCUGAUUGAAGCUCGGAGGAAAGCUGUGGGCGUGCUCCUAGGGACGCUCCUGCUCUGCAUUCGCAUCCAGACCUCCGCCGAAGCUGCCGCCGAAGCUGCUGCCGAGGCUGUUGCCGAGGCUGGUGCGGAGGCCCUUGAGAGUAUAAUGGAGGUGGUUGUAACGAAUCCUAGGAGCAAGAAGAGAGAGGAGGUGCUGGAGGGGGAAGAGGAGGAUGAAGAGGAGGAGGAAGGGGAGAGUGGAGAGGAAGGGUCGGAAGUGGAAGAAGGCAGUGAGAAGGAAGAGGAAGAGGAAGAGGAGGAAGAUGAGGAGGACGAGGAGGACGCUGCAUUAAGAAAAGCUAUCAAAGAAGCGAACGAAAACAGCAUCGGCAAUGCCAACGGCAGCAUCAGCGACAGUGACAACGAGGAGUUGAUGGACGAUGCAGCCAUGUUCCGCAUUGACCAGCACCUGGCCGACAUCGUUCGUCAGAAAGUGGAGGCGGAGACUCGCAGGAAGCGCCGGCAGAGCAUCUUGCUGGGGGAGCACUUCCGCCUGCGCGCACUCUCACUCCUUGACACGUGGCUUGCACACGCUCCUACUGCUGAAGGCGGCAGCGGGGAAUUAUGCGGCCAAGGGGAGCCUGAAGGGCGGGAAGGGCGGGGGAGGUGGCGAGGGAAGGGGGGGCACGGGGCAUGA